AGUCUCACUGGUGCGAAUACCGGUUCCUCAACUACGGUACCGUACCCGUAUCAUACUCGAACGCUUGUAUCAUACUGGUACGAUACCGUGCCUCAGUUGCAACCGGUCUACAUUUUUCAGCCGCUCCAGUAGAUUACGGUUGCAGUGCUCGAGUGCAUCUCAGCCUCAAUCGCGUCCACCAGAAGGAAUUCGAGAUGUUUGACCCCGCGUUAUGGUAACCUACCCCACAUUCCGGCAAUGGAUCCUACAACAAAGCAAACUCUCCCUCCUCCUCCUCCUCCUCCUCCUCCUCCCCCUCCCCCUCCUUCAACCUCAACCUCUCCUGUGCCAAUGCCUGCGCCGUCUCUUCCCAUGCUCCCCACUUGAUCUCCAACCCUAAUCCCCCCUUAUCCUCCUAAACCCUUCCCCCCUCACCCCCCACCCCCUAAUCCUUGGACUCACUACACCUCACCGCCACCAACAUCAUUAGUAUCCCUAGUACGAUAGUUCACCCCCGUUGCCUCUUUCUUGCCCCCCCUGCUAUGACAAUACCCCCUGUGUCCGCUUUUGCUUACCCCACCCCCAGAAAGCCAAAUGGAAGUUCAUAAUUCAAACUUCCGCCAGCUUUUGCCUGACAUAAUUAGCAGCAUCGAUAACUCUUGCUUUGGUUCGUCCUCCAUCUGCUCCCGGGCCGGUUACCACACCACGCGUUCCAUCAAUUGCUUACCUUGCCUUCCUAGUGGCCAUCGACCUUGAAUUGAGUGGAAUACACAAAACCUCUGGGCCGCGCAAUGCCCCGCUGAACAGAAAGCAGAAUCUGGAAGAACGGUACCGGGAAGUCAAGACAGCGGCAGAACGGUUUCAAGUACUCCAGCUCGGGCUGUGUCCAGUGUCUUAUGAUGAGGUGCUUGGUCGGUUUUCUAUCCUGGCCAUCCCCGGGCCCCGUUCUUACCAAGCUAACGCUCGACCAGAAUCCUACGUUUGCCGGCCAUUCAACUUUUUCGUGAGCCCUAAUUCUGAGCAAAAGUUUGGGCUGGAUCGUGAAUACGUUGUGCAGGCAAGUGCUAUCGGCUUUCUUCUGGAGAGUGGCUUUAAUUUCAAUUCCACAUACACCUCGGGAAUCCGCUAUUUGAGUCGUAGGGAGGAGCGGUACGUGAUUGAAAGGGAAAAUCGCAUAGCUCAAGAGCCUAAGGAAGACAUUCACAUCGAUGAUGCGUCCCAACAAUUUGUGUGGUCCAAUCCUUCUGGCUUGUUUGUUUCUCUCUCUCUCUGACCCGCGCCACCUCUUGCUUCUGCUACAGGUCAAAGACUUUAUUGCCGAGAUUCAAGAAUGGGUGGAUGAUCCGAAUGUACGCCCCUCCACAAUCAGCCCCCCUUGCAAACAUUUGCUAACUGACAUGGAUUCAGCCAACCUUCGAUUUCGUCAACAUCUCGACCGUGGGCCAAGGAGUCAAUAGUUACCAAAAACGACUUAUACAUCAGGUUGUCAGAAAGACAUUCCCGCAUCUUCAGACCUUGGGUAGGCCAACUUUUGUCCAGGUGAUACGGACUGACCCAGCCGCCGAAAAGAUGAAGCGCGAUGAACGCAGAGCACGUUUUGAAACCGAUCUUGAGAGAGGAAUUGGGUUGCGGCACGUUAUCGACGCUCUCUUCGCUUCACAGAAGCCCCUUGUUGGGCAUAAUCUGUUCACCGAUCUAAUCAACCUUUACGAAUGCUUUAUCGGACCCUUACCCAGCACUUCAACGGAGUUUGCUCAUGCUAUACAUGAGAACUUUCCCAUGUAAGUUCCAGCACUCCGCAGCUGAUCCAACGAUCGGGCAUCCGCGGAACUUGCGCGCGCGCGGACUAACCUUGGCACGUAGCGUAAUCGAUACCAAGUUUAUAGCAACCUGCGAUGCAGAGACUGCAUCUUUCGGCUCUAAUUUACAAGGGAUCUGGGACCUUCUCUGCACCCAAGAUUAUCCCACAAUCGGUAUCUCCAACAAUUGUCGAUCCCCCUGGUGAUAUUCUAACGCCAUCUAGAGCUCGACAUUGGGUACACCCGCUACGUCACCUCAAGGCUCGCCCAUGAAGCCGGAUAUGACAGUUACAAUACUGCCCAAGUCCUGAUCCGCCUUGUUGGUCGCUAUCAAGCAUACCUUAGCCACCAUCUGAAGGCCAAAAACGAUGAUCCGGAAUCCAUGUCCAUAAAAUACCUUCUCGACUACCUUCAUAGGCUCGACAGAUUCCCACCUGCAGAUCAUCGUAUAGACAUCCCCAAACGCCUUCCGUCACUGGACUCCAGUUUCUGGAAGGGUUUCAUCAACAGCCUCAGGGUCAAUGGCACCCUUGAAGGUUUGUGGGUGCUGGGAAGGCAAGGGCCUGUAUGAGAGUAGAUUAGCGCUUUACUCCGAUAGAUUGGCGCCCUUUUUGUGUUAGUCACUUUAAAUAAUUAGUUGCGUUGUACCCACGAGCACGUUUCUAUAUGUUUCACUCGCCAGCAGAUGUGUUCUUAGUCUUCAAAUCCACAACCCCCACUCACUCUCG